CAUACGUGAACGACGUCUUCAGUUUUGUAGACAAAGCAUCUGUUGCUGCAGUGCAAUUUUUUUGCUAAUUGUGGAGCGUCCUUAUCUCAGGUUUCUUGUGCGUAGUGACUCCCCAAAAAACUAGUGACUACACGUAUGAAUCAACAGAAUCUAUCAGUCUGACGGGUGUUUACAAACAAAUAAUAAGAUUGGACAGGAACAUAACCUACAUUAAUUCUCAUCAUCAGGUGAUCUUCGUUUACGUCUGCGCGUCUCAUAACCCGCCAAGAUGAAAAUUGAAGUUUGUGUGUCAUGUACUCACUCAGUUUAUGUUUACCGGGUGGUUAGGUUAUUGGGUUUGGAAUCAUGCCUUCUGAGAAAAUAGAAAGAAGUUCGAAUCUUAUGCUAAAACAGUUCAAAACCAUGGAUGUGGACAUUCCUCAGAACCAUUCCCAAGCGGAAUUACUGCAUUCCGGUGGUGAUAAUACGCGAAAUACCGGCGAAUCAGUCGAAGUUGAAGUAAAAACUUUCAGAGAUGUUACUACACGUGAAUGGAUCGCUAUUUUCAUUUUGUGUUUCGUGAACUUGAUCAAUUAUAUGGAUAGAUUCACCAUUGCAGGGAUCCUAGACCAGAUACAGACGUACUUCAAUAUACAAAAUGAUAAGGGAGGCCUCUUGCAGACCGUCUUCGUCAUCACCUACAUGAUUUUCGCGCCAAUUUUCGGAUACUUGGGCGACAGGUACAGUCGGAAAUUGAUAAUGACAGCAGGGGUGUUCCUAUGGAGUUUAACCACCCUUGCAGGUUCAUUUAUGACGAAUUAUUGGUGGUUCCUCCUGUUCAGAGGCCUCGUUGGCAUCGGAGAGGCUAGCUACUCCACCAUAGCUCCAACGAUAAUCAGUGAUCUGUUUUCUGGAGACAUGAGGUCCAAGAUGCUGGCGCUCUUUUAUUUUGCGAUACCAGUAGGAAGCGGUUUGGGUUAUAUAGUAGGAUCAGAAACUGCCAAAUUGAUGAACUCAUGGGCAUGGGCACUGAGAGUCACACCUGUCCUAGGAAUAGUUGCCGUUCUUCUUGUUUACUUCGUGUUGAAGGAUCCUGUUAGGGGAGAGAGCGAAGGAAGUGGCCAUUUGGAAGCCACGACCUUCAAAGAAGACAUCAAAGAUAUUGUUAGAAAUCGUAGUUUUAUGUUUUCAACUGCCGGAUUUACAUGCGUGGCCUUUGUAGCUGGCGCACUAGCUUGGUGGGGACCCAAGUUCAUCCAAAUGGGUCUUGAGUUGCAACAGGGAGGUCCUGUUGAUAAGGAUAGCGUUGCCUUGACGUUCGGAGUUGUUGCGAUGGUCUCCGGCCUGCUCGGAGUGCCGGCCGGCAGUUACCUAGCCCAGAGGCUGAGGCCUCACUACAGUCGGAUCGACGCCCACAUUUGCGGCGUGGCCCUUCUUAUCUCUAGCCCACUGGUGUUCGCGGUGUUGCUAACCGCCUCUUACAGUUCGACGCUCUGCUACACUUUCGUGUUUUUCGCCGAGUUUUUCCUCAAUUUGACGUGGUCUAUCGUCGCUGAUAUACUGCUGUAUGUGGUUAUACCGACGAGACGUUCAGCGGCUGAAGGCUUCCAAUUGCUCUUUUCUCAUGCUUUAGGGGACGCUGGAAGUCCCUAUUUAAUAGGAGUGUUGGCGGACGCCUUCAAUAUUUCCAUGUCCGGUUCUUCAACCCUAUCAUCGUCGAACACAACGAUUUUAAGGAGUAGCAGUAAUUAUAACGAUUUUAAAUCGUUACAAUACGCUCUAUUCUCGACUUGCUUCGUCGAGGUUCUCGGCGGGUUCUUCUUCCUCAUCACGGCGUUCUACAUUGUCGAGGACAAGAGGAAAGUCGAAAAAGCAAUACACGCCGAUCAGCACACCCACCAAAACGAGGUUAUGGAUUACAUAGAAACGACAACGAAUCAGAUAGAUUAGUACCUCAGAAAGGCUACUGGUUAACCCCACAGAAGAGCCUAACUUAAUUUACUAGUAAAACGAAUUACGGACAAUAAAAAAACACUUGUAACGUAGCUGAAGAUUUUUCCGAGAGAGUUUUAUGUAUGUACUGUUUCAUUUUUAUACAAAAUAUUUAUAGGCGAGUGGUUUAACUAGUUUUACGGUGUAUAAAGUGAUAUUACGUUUAUUGAAGAAGUAGUGAAUUCGUAAUUUAAGGUAGACUUUCGAAAAAGGUAGAUCCUGGAACUAUUUAUUAUGCGUGUGUAUAAAGUGUUUGGAAUAUCCAGAUUAAUUUCACGUUGAUUGGUAUUUUCUAGCGAAUUUUGAAUGAUUGUGUACUUAACAAAGAGUAUGGUGCAUGGUGAAAAACGUCUGAGUGCACUAGUUAGGUUUUUUAUCGUGUUUUAUUCAUAUUGCAAUGUACAGAAUAUUGAGAUGAAUCAGGAUUUUAUUCACGGAUAUUUUGUUAUGACCAAUAUUUUACAUAAUUUAUGUAACACAUGUUAUGUAUCAUUACAAAAACGAAAAUUGAAGAUACCUCGAGGUUCGCUGAAUUAUGUUCUUCUGAGAGUUGGCUAAGAUAUUUCAUGUUCGAAAUAAUUAUUAUUAAUAAUAAUUAUUCAAUUGAAUAAUAUAUCUUUGAAGUUAACUACUGAAAUAUUCAUGGUAAUGAAACAGUUUCAGUCUUAUUUCGAUUACAAAUAUUCGUAAUAUCCCAGACUAUGAUUGCAAAUUCCUCUUGACAUUAAGAAAGAGUAGAGUCUAGACUCUUAUUAAUCUAUUUUCUAUUAGAUUCAUGACAUUUGUUUUCAUCCUAGUCGUUAAGCGAAAAGUAACAACUCUGCUAUCAGGUUGAAAAGGCUUAAAUUUUUUUAAAUUUUCUGCCGGUAUAAAUAUUCUUUACUUGAAAUUGAGUAGAGGUAACUUUAAUUUUCUCCCAUCGUUUUUUCGAGGUUCAUCCACUUGUUAAACGCUCGAGAAGCUCACUACCUUCAGCUACAAACACUAAGAACUGUGAUAAAAUAAAGCUGUCGAGACAUUGAUUGCCUCGGACCUUGUGUACGGGUUGAUUCACCGAUAUGUCCAUUUAUCCUAUACAUCAGUUUUAUUGGAAUAUGUUUCAGCGUUCGUAACAUUCGAAAUCUUCAUUUCAUUCGCCAAAGUGAAAGGUAUGAUUUCAAUGUUGAGGCAUAUUUUGAAUUUUUCCCCCAAGACUGAUUUUCCUGAGAGUAUGUAAUUCCUUCGAUUAUUGAGAUAUGUGUAAUAUAAUGUAUAUUAUUGUAUUUAUUAUUGUUUUGUAAUUGUGGAAAUAAAUAGCUUCGAUAUA